AAACGCUUUUUUUGUCGCUCGUAGACGUCAAAGACACUAAUGGCACUUAUGACUGUCAUGACUUUUGACAUUUGUAAUGGCCGAAGAUGGCAAAGAAAUUCCUGUUGAAACGAUAUCUCCAACUGAUGAGAUGCCCGGUAGAAAUAGCGAAUGUAGGGGUGCAAAACCGAGCGAUGAGUCAACGUCGAAAUUUGAAAGUUAUUGCAAGUUGACAGCUUUAGUAAUUGUCCUUGUAGCCUUGGUGUAUCAUUUGCUUCGUGGCUCACAAGAAGGGAGCUGUACAAACCUUUUAACCACAGGAAAGUGGAGGGAGAAUAGAGGAAGCGAAGAAUGGCAGCCAUAUGGCUGCAUGAUUCACAAAUAUCGUUUGAAUGAAAUUCAAAAGUGUUUGAGAAACAGACCUUUGGCAAUUGUUGGAGAUUCAAGAUUACGUGAUGUGUAUCACUUGUUGGUGCACGAGUUAAUGGAUACUACUGAUUACGAAAAGAAGAAAGCCCAUAGUAACUUGGCAUAUACUGGACAAAACAAUGUAUCUGUUAAAUUCUUUUGGAUGCCCGAAGUCAAUGGGUCUAUGCUUAAUCUCUUUGAGGACUGGCUUAAGAACUCAAUGGAAAGACCAAGUUUUGUUGUGGUUGGGGCUUCAUUGUGGACAAUCAAAAACAAAGAUAAUGCCUGGAGGGAAUACAAAGAAAAUUUCACACGCGUCAAAGACGCAAUGAAUUCACUGGCGGACGUCAAUGAUGGGGUGACCAAAAGAAUGUUUACAGUCAAGUUGAAGCAAAAGUUAAUGGCCAAGUCGCCAAUCAUCGUAUGGAAAUUACAAGAACCUGUUGACGAAUCUCUGUUAAGCGCUGCAAGAAAAACAAUCACAGUUGAGAAAAUCAAUCUUUACAACCGGCUGGCUGAACUAUUCCUUUUUAAUACAUCGGUGGGAAUUUUCAAACCAUCAAUGUUGGUUAAAACGAUUCCUUUAUCGUCCACAACGGAUGGUUUGCAUUAUGUAAACGAAGUCGUCGAAUGGGAACUGACGAUUUUGCUGAAUCGUUUCUGUAACGCGUACAUCAGACCGAAAGAUGCUUCGUGCUGUAUGCCAAAGGAACAUACAACUCAGCUGCAGUACAAUUCGUUGGCCGUUUUCGUGGCCUGUUCAUUGUUGUUUUGGUCAUGUCCGUCAAUCGCGCAUGUCGUUGCCCGCAUAUCGCCGAUCAGGACAUCGAAACCCAAGUUGCCCAUCAAAAAUCCUCCUGUAAAUGGCUUUGGUCCGAAAGAACAUACACCGUAUAAAGCAAUGGCUAAAUUAACUUUGAUCAUGUCUUAUUUUUUCAUUUGUGACAGCACUUUAUCCAUGCUCUAUCAACAGUUGUGCCUUCGUGCUGAAUCAACAGAAGUUAUCCUCUCGUGCCCUACAGAUGUCAACUGUUGUACAUGUCAUGCCCAUAUGGUCGUGCUUUUAAAUCCUUUCUCCUUACAGAUAUCAUUUCUGAAUCGUGAUCAAACGGACGAGUGGAAAGGGUGGGCUCAAUUGAUAAUCUUACUCUAUCACUAUAUUGGAGCCAGUAAGGUGUUGCCUUUUUACGUUUUCGUUCGUCUUCUGGUUGCAUCUUACCUCUUCAUGUCCGCCUACGGAAAUUUCACGUUUUUCUGGAAGAAAGGCGAUUUUAGUCUUUAUAGAGUUUGUCAGGUGUUAGUUCGUAUGAACAUGUUUGUCGUCAUUUUGUGUCUCGUCAUGGGCCGUCCUUAUCAGUUUUACUAUUUUGUGCCUCUCGUUACAUUCUGGUUUCUGCUGCUCUACGUUGUCCUCGCAGUUUUUCCCAUCACCGCAAAAUUAGUUCAAGAUGAUCCAAGAUAUAUUUACUGGAUGCUGUUCAAAAUCGCUUUGAUGUUUUGUGGGACAUGUGUGAUGUUUAGGCUGCCGUAUGUUAGUCAUUGGAUUUUUUCUCAGUGGGCGAUUAAAGAACUUUUUGUCGAUCAACAUAACAGUGUUAAAGAAUGGAUAUUUCGAUCAAGAUUAGAUCGCUAUAUGUUGAGCUACGGCGUCCUCAUUGCUCUAUUGUAUCAACUGUCUCGUAGUUACGGUAUUGUUGAAGACAAUAACACCAAAAGGUUGAUUCAAAAACCAGUCUCCUAUCUCGUCAUCUUCAUUUGUUUCAUGACAUUAUUGGGUUACUCAAUUCAAGCGUAUGGUUGUCCCGGAAAAGUACGAUGUAAUUCUGUUCAUUCAGUCGUUUCUAUUCUUCCUAUCACGGCGUUCAUACUCCUUCGUAAUAUCAGCGGUUUUAUGCGUUCACAUUUCAGCACUUUUUAUGCUUGGGUUGGGAAAUUGUCACUGGAGUUAUUUGUGGGACAGUACCAUAUAUGGCUAGCUAAUGACACGACCGGGAUUCUUGUGCUCGUCCCAAACAGACCGAUACUAAAUGCGAUCGUUACGACGUUCGUCUUUGUUUGUGUUUGCAGCGAGGUCAACAAGACAACAGCCGUGCUAUCCGACGCACUUGUAUCAAAAGAUGUCAAGGUUAUGAUGCGCAGAUUGAUCAUAUUUGUUAUCAUGCUGUUUAUCAUUUGGUGGCACAAGACUUACCACGAUACGGAGAUCGGCACCUAUCAAUGAUAACAGGCUGUAGCAUUUUGGCGAUAUUUAUAAACAAACCACAAUUGCCGAGCCUAAGGUAUGACAAUAUGCAACAGUUUCCGCAGGUUGUUUUCAGUCGUCAGCGGUUUUGAGCAUCAUUGUCAGGCGCGAAUUGUGUGACAAUGGUGAACAAUAUUAACAACUAUGUACAAUGUAGUACAUAAUUGUUCAUGGUAGAUACAAUAUUGUUGAUAACUGCGAAAAUUACGUUUCGUACAGCAUUGUUUAUUGUGUAUCUUGCGUAAAAAUGGCGAAUGUUGGCAACUCUGAACAAUGCUGUGUUACGUAAUUGUUGCAUCUUGUUUUCAUCGUGAUUACGUCAAUCUGAUCAUUUCUUCACUUUAAGCUCAAUUCAUCGAGAAUUUUUUCGUUCGUGUUUCUAAAACUGUGCCACGCACUUCAUUUUCAUUCACCGUCUGCGGGCACGAUUGUGUCGAAAUUGCAAAAACAUCAUUUCAAAAAAUGGCAUCUGGAAAGGAUGUUCAUUUUUAUUUAGCAACAUUAAUCUAUCGAUUUCUUGUGAAUAAUUGUAUUUAUUUAGACAUUUAAAUUAUAAUCAUACACAUCAUUCA